ACUCACGCAGUGGAAAAAAAGACGGAGUGGCGCACAGAUACAUAAAAUCAAUACAAAUAUGUAUUCGAUUUUACAAAAUUUUACAAAAUAGAAAAUUCGACUUGUAACAAUUUUGUUACAAAAGUCGAAUUUUCCCCCGCGUGCGUGAACUAUAACACCAGUUGGACGUUUCACCGGUAGAGUCACCGCAGCAGCGCAGGAGGCUAGUACACGGACAAGUGUGAUAUAUAGCUAGCCGCCGUGGCGCAUGUGCAAACGGCGAAGAAGGAUAAGAAGAACGAGAAAACGUUACGCGUUCGUCGUCAUCGUCGUCUUUGUCGCGUCGUCGUGUGUGUGGUCUGAUAAUUCACAUUUUUUCAUAAGUGUAUAAAAGUGGACUUGUUUCGCGCCGACAUCAUCACCUCCACUUAUAUAAUUAUAUUUCGGUCAUUUCGUUUUAUUUAAUAAUCAUUGAAAUACGUCCGCGAGUUAAUGAUUCAUACAUCGCCACCGCAUAUAUACUGACGAGACUCUUUUUGUUCGUCGAUCGUGCAAUAUAUGUAUUUAUUUAUAUAUCGCGACACCGCGGCGCAGUGACAAGUCUGUGCGUGCUACGUGUGGCCUUUGUGCGCGGGGUGUGUAGCCCGCGCGGGUAUAUGGACGACUGGUAUAUAGUAAUCGCCACGGCAUCGUAUCUUUGUAUCAACAGCAGUUUCAAGAAAAUCGGAGGGGGACACCAAAGUGAUGUUCCUUGUCAGUUGGGCCCGUUCUGUAAUUAUUACGCUCGGUAUUGGAUCGGAAUCGUGAAGCCGGAGGGAUUUAGUGUAUACGGACUCAGCCGAAGAACAAACAACAUCAUUGAGUCUUAUCACAACCACCUCAAACAUCGAAUGGAAACGCGUCCCGGAGCAUGGGACUUUGUUGGCAAACUGCUAAAGUUACAGUCGAGUGUUCGAGCGGACAUCGGACGGUUGAAGAACAAUGGGCAGAUCGGCCGGCACGCAAGAUAUUGUUCAAUAUUCAAGCAGAAAAACCUUAUAAAAGCUUCCAUUGCGUUAAUAAUAUAUAUUUUUUUAAUUUUAAAUACGCAAAAUUCGUCGUUUUUUAUUUUUUUUAAUUUGCAACUCCCAUUAUACUUGAUAUUGAAAGUAAAUUAGUACAUUACAUUAAAGCUCUCUCAAUUCAUUUAUUUACUGUUCAUUUAGCAUGGCGUGAACUCCAUAUGUUAGAGAUCACUACUGACGAAUUUUUGGAAAAAGCAGCAGCGUUAAAGGGAAAUAUUGAGAUUCUGAUUGCUGAAGAACAAAAUGAGCAGGAAGUUGAUGAAAUAGAUGAGCUGCAAGAACCGCCACCGAUUAGACCGUCAGAUCCAGAUUUCGAGCAAGACAUCUUUGCUGAAGAGCCACCGCAAUGGCUUCUGGACAAUGCAGUUGAACAAAACGACAAUGACCCAGAAAGAGUUGAUUUGGAGGAAGAAGCAAGAGAAGCUCUCCUUCCCAGAGAUAUCGAAAAUGAACCGAUCGUGAUAGAGGACUCCGACGAUGAUCACAUAAACGAACAUUCUUCGCUCGAUGCUAAUGAAAACAAGCCACAAGAGCGAACAAAUAAUGGUUUGGUGGAAGAAACGGGAGGAGCUCCCCUGCCCACAGAUAUCGAAAAUGAACCGAUCGUGAUAGAGGACUCCGACGAUGGUGACAUGAACGAACAUUCUUUGCUCGAUGCUAAUGAAAACGAGCCACAAGAACGAACAAAUAAUGGUUUGGUGGAAGAAACGGGAGGAGCUCCCCUGCCCACAGAUAUCGAAAAUGAACCGAUCGUGAUAGAAGACUCUGACGAUGGUGACAUGAACGAACAUUCUUUGCUCGAUGCUAAUGAAAACGAACCACAAGAACGAGCAAACGAUGGUGGUUUUAUGGAAGAAACGAGAGAAGUUCCCCAGUCCAGAGAUAUUGCAGUAGACCCUACUCGAAGACGAAGAAGUUCGGAGAUGAGCGAACAACUUCUCGCAGGUCCUUCAACCGAGCCAAUUAAAAAAAAAAAACAAAAAAGAAACAAGCGCCGUAAAGAGAUGAGGAAAAAAGCAGUGGCGCGUUUAUAUGGAGGAUCAAUGGAAGAAUCCAUUCCAAUGCAGGAGGAGCAGCCUCAGUAAGCCGGAGACCGCUUGCAUAGCGAGGAGAAUGAUGAUUCGUGCAAGGUGUGUUUAUUGGCGAGAGCGACACAUCUCUAUUGGACGUGCGGGCAUUGUUGUUGCUGCGCCGAGUGUGCGGAUAGAUUAUGGAAUCAAUUUCUAGAGCGGCGUUGUCCGGUAUGCCGGACAGAAGCAUCCGAAGCUCCCCGAAGGAUAUAUCAACCCACCGAAUUUUGAACAAAAAAA